AUGAGCUGCGCCGCGGCUUCACGCACGCAGCCGCUCCGGGCGUCGCCUUCCUUCUCCUUUCCCUCCGGCCGCAAGCACCUCCUCUUCUCCUCCUCGUGGUGCCGCCACCGGACGGGCACGACGCCGCCUCUCGCGGCUAUCGCCGUCUCCAGCGGCCGGCGCCACCUCCAACGACCGGCGCCGCCUCCUGCGGCCUUCGCCUCCUCCUACGGUCGUCGCCGCCUCCUUUCCCGGCCGCUGCCACCUUCUCCCACAGCCACUGCCACUGCCUCCGGUAGGCGAUACUACCUCCGGCGGGUGCUGCCGCCCCCGGCGGCCAUCACCGCUGUCUCACGCCGCCUCCGGCGGCUACGGAUGCCACUGCCGAGGCCCCCAGCGGACAGCGACCUUUCUUCCAGCAGUGCCACAGUGCCUCCGGCAGACAGCGCCUCCGGCGUCCAGCGCCGUCACCUCCGGCAGCCCCUGUCGCAGGCACCGACACCUCCGGGCAGCCGUCAUCACCCUCCAAGCACCCGUCAUCUGACGGGCUCAUCCGGCUUGCGUGCCGUGUGCCGACCUUCUCUCGUUCUUUCAAACAAACAAGUCCGCCAAGUGCAGCCGCUGUGCACUCCACCUCUAGCAUCGGGACCGCCGAGUCCAACCGCUUGGAGAAGGCAUCGCAAUGAGCAAUGUCCACGGUGUGAGCUCCUUGGUAUGACUCCUUUGGAGACGAACAAGUCGGUGAGCGUGGCAAGUUCAAAGUCCGGCAAAGGGAGGAUGUCAACGUCAGAGGCAACGAAGAUCCUCCCUUCUCUUCUCCCCGACGACAGCUCGUAG